AUGGCGACGCCCGACGAGUACUACGCGCAGCUGGCGCUACAAAAAAAAGCCGAAGCAGCCUCCACGCAGCCGUACCAGGCAGCGGCGGGGGGGAUCUACUCUCCACCAGGCGGAGCAUCAAUCUCGUCGCCGAUCUGCCCGCCGCAGCAGCCCGGCGGCGGACCGGACGGCUACGCAGCUUCGCCGCCGAUCUCGAUUUCGUCGCCGUCCGCGCGCUACGGCUCGCCGCCGGGAGUGGGAUACGGCUCGCCGCCGAGCGUGGGCUAUGCGCAGUCGCCGCCUGUAUACCAUGUGCAGCAGCAGGUGCCCGAUGAGCUGAUGUAUGUGUUCGCCUUCUCCGGCCCGGGUCCGAGCGCGCAUAUGGGCCCCGAGCCAAGCUAUCUGGGCUCCGAGUACAGCUAUGCGGGCGCGGGACCUUACACGCCAUACUCAAGGGGUGAUCGGAAGGAGAGACGCAUGAGUCACCGCGAGGAGAGAUCCUCGGGCCACCGUGAGGAGAGGUACUCUCGCGAGGACAAGUAUUCGAAAAAGGAGCGUGCCAUGAGUGCCUCUAUGGUGGGCGGUACUACGGGCGCGCUGUUGGGACAUCAGGUUGGCCACGGAGUGGUGGGCGCGAUUGCCGGUGCGCUGGUUGCGAAUGCUACCGAGGUCGGGUCCGGGGAGGAGAAAUACAAAGACGGGGAGAAGAAGGAUAAGGACCGCAAGAAGAAGAAGAGCAAGCAUAGGAGCGAACGCAGCGAACGCAGCGAACGAAGCGAACGAAGCGAACGAAGCGAACGAAGCGAACGAAGCGAACAUAAGCGCGAGCAUCGCAGGCACAAGAGCCGCGAGGAACGGAAGAAGAGCGACAAGAGUGAGAGGAGUGAGAGGAGUGAGAGGAGUGAGAGGAAGGAGAGGAGAGAGAGGAGGGAGAGGAGAGAGAAGAGAGAGAAGGAGGACAAGGAGGAAGAGAAGAGCGGUGGUAUGAGUGGCCUCACGUUCAGUUCCUUGCGCCAGAGCAAUCAUGGCGUAAUCGACCAAGACGGGCCAGUCGAGCACCGACACAAGAGCGAUAAGGGCCACAAGAAGAAGAAGAAGAGUAGUAGCUCGAGCAGCUCCAGUUCGUCGUCAAGCUCGAGCUCGAGCAGCUCAUCGUCCAGUUCAUCGUCCAGUUCAUCGUCCAGCUCGAGCGACUCGGAUUCGGAUUCGGAAGGCAGCUCGGGUUCGUUCUAGACACUCGCAUGGUGACGAGUUUCCCUUGUACCGUAGCUAGCAAUUUCAUUUGUUUUCCGUUUUGCUGUCAAGCGAGAUACCUGUGCGUAUGAAUGAUAAUUAGCGAUAAUGGACUCCUUUAACUAUCCUUCGGAGUAAACCCACUCAUGUUUCCCACAGCCUCUG